GGGUGAAGAAUCGAUGGAUGAAGAGAAGUAUUUUAACUGUCAAAAAUAAAUAUGGUCAUUCCAUACGAUACGUUUUCCUUGUAAAUAGUGUAAAAGUGUGUUUAAACUUUGUACAAAAUACGGAUUGCAUUUUUCGAAGAUUAUUACACCGUUCUAAAGAAAUAAAGAGUAAGAUUAACAAAAUGACUAUCGCAAAAGAGACAUUUUCCGAUCUGCAAGAAAAAUAUACUAAAGUAAAAAAGUUAGUCGACGAAGACAGUAAGCUAGAUCCAGAAGAUGAGCCCUACUUAUCUAAAUAUUCUGCUAGACAAAUUUUGAUCGGUAUGAAGGCGAGCAUUGAAAAAUUGCUAAGACAAUACUCGCCAAGUGAUGAUAAUGAUGAACACUUUAUAAAAUUAACUGCUAUGCUGGGCACAACGUAUCUCUAUUUGGGUACAAUUGCAGUAGAUACAGAAGAGAUAUCAACAGGCGAGAAACACCUAGAAAAAUGCAAAGAGAUUAUUUCAAAAUACGAAGCUACACCUCAAGUUAUACUCAUUACUUUAAAUAUGUACAAUCAUCUUGGUAUUAUAUGGGCACCGAGAGAACCAGAAGUAGCCAAGGUACACUUGGAGAAAGCAGAAACAUUGUACAAAACGGCAAAGGAUCAAUCUCUGAUACCUGUCGACAUAACGGACUUAUUUCAAGCCAACAUAGAAGAAUACAACACCGCACUCGCACUAAAAAACCUAGAGAAGCUACAUACGCUCACCCUAUACUUUCUAGCACAGAUCUACGGAGCUGGUUCGCUGAAAGACCCGUUGAAAAGUGCGGCAUAUUGCCACAAAACGUUGCAAAGACAGUUGGAUACGGAUGACCGUGAUUGCAUCGAUUGGGCUUUGAAUGCUGCAGCGUUAUCGCAGUUUUUCAUGGAGAAGAACGGGUUCAAACAGGCGAGACAUCAUCUGGCUGCUAGUUUGUAUAUUUUGCAACAGUAUGAGGAUAAGUUGAGAAGUGAAGUGCAGGAACUCGAGGUGCAUGAGGCGAAAAUGGAGACGUUGAGGUUUAGAAAGGCUGAUGUGGCAAGAUGCUGGGCAAAAUACGGGUUAAACCUGCUAGCAAAAUCCAAAGAACGUCUUUUGAACCAUACAGACGAUAUAGAUAAAAAUUGCAGUACCGCCACUGACUUGACUCAGAUGGAACUGCCUCCAGACUCGACAGUCUCUAAAGAGGACCUGCAAAACUUGGACUUCGACAUAUUAGAAAUCGCUACAUACGAGUUGCAAGUCUCCGAUCGUUUUGCUUUGACCCUGGAAGAUGCUAAAAAGAUAUUUCUGAACGCGCAGCACUGGAUUGAGCUGGCUCAAGAAUAUUACACCUUGGAUACUUUAGCUUCGGAUUAUAUAGAGACCGUUUUGGAUCACUCUCAAUUAUAUUUGAGCCUUUUGUUUUUUGACGAUGAUCCAGCCAAUCAAGCCAAGUAUCACAAAAGAAGAGCCGAUCUGUUGGAAAAUAUUUUGAGCAAAGUUAGCACCCAAUACUAUUUGCAGCAUUGUAGACAGAUAUGGUUUGAGUUAGGCAGGACAUAUUCGGAUAUGCUCGAUAUUAAAUCGGAAAAAAUGAGAGAAAUAAAAGGCCGACCCCCUAGCUCGGCGAUUUCGAAAAUAAAUCAGUUGGUCGAUAAGAGUAUUAAAAAUUUCACCGCUUUUAUAGAGUCUUACAAGGAACCUACCUAUGUUACUGACAUAUUGACGCAGGAAGAGGGGCCUAUAUUGCAAGCCUAUUUUCAUCUAGCGGCUCUUCAUGGCAGGUACAUCGAUCUAGACAAAAAUUUGCAGUUGCAACACAGCGAAGCCAGCUUGAAAAACUAUAGCUACGUCGCCGAAUAUUGCGAGAAACAUGCAAGCACGAAGGAUAUAAUUCCUAUGGAAUACAGCAUUUGUAAAGAAAUGGUUUCUUUACUGCCUAUUAAACUUCUAAAGUUGAAUAAUCCGUAAAAAGUGGUUUGUUUUGUUUGCUUUGUCAUUGCUGGCAUUUCAGCUAAUAUUGCACUAUACUAAGACUCAAUAUAGGUGUUGAAUAGUGUUUUAUUUUAUAUGUCCCAUUAUUUAAGAUAAUAAAGAUGCUUUGUUAAAA